AUGGAGCGGAGCGGCAGCGGCGAGAACGGCCCGGGGAGCACCGGGAACAGCACCGGGAACAGCACCGGGAACAACUCCGGGAAUGGCAGCGGGAGCGGCAGCGGGAAUAACUCCGGGAAUGGCAGCGGGAGCGGGCGGGCAUUGCUGUGCCUGGCGCUGCUGCUGCUGCUGCUGCCCCCGGCCCGGGCCCUGCCCAGCCCGGAGCGGGCACUGACCGACCCCGACCGGGCACUGACCGCCCCCGCCCGCUGCCUCAGCCGCUCCCGGCAGCUCCUGGAGGCCGCCAACGCCGCCCCGCAGCGGCUGAAGGAAUCCAACACCCUGGGGUUUGAAUGCACCCCUGAGGAGGUGGAUCUGCACGACAUCACUGAGAACCAGAUGAACACCCUCAGAGCCUGCACAGCUGAGGAUCCAGGGCCUGGAAAUUGCCCAGUCCUGGAAAAAUCAACUUUUGAUGAGGGAAAAUGCCUGCAGGGCAUCUCUGAGGACGUGAGAGCCUACAGGGCUCAGCUGAGGAGCCUCCCUGACCCCCAGCUGCUGGCAGCUCUCGAUGGGAUGAUGGAGGCCCUGGGCAGCAGCACCGGGCAGGUUCCGGAGGCAUCGGGAUCACUGGGGCCAUCGGGGCCAUUGGGAUCGGCGCCGUUCCCGGAGCGGCUGCGGCUCUGCGGGGUGCUCCAGGCCCUGCGCGUCCGCAGCGUCACCAUCGCCAGGGUGCUGAGCUUCCUCAGCUCCCCCUGA